AGGAGGAGAGGAGGCUUUGAGCACAACCGAUAAUCGCCAUCUUUGUCACGUUCGGGCGAGUUCAAGAUUGUGAGCCAGCUUUACAACCUUUUUGAGCUAUUUUGAAUUAUUGGAUAAUCACGAGAGAUGUCUCGUUUUCAUAAUAACCGCGGCGGAAUGGGGAUGAAUCAAUUCCAGCCUCGCCGAGGUGGUGGAGUCGGCGGCCCGAUGCGGGGUAGUAUAAUGGGAAGUCCUAAUUUUAGAAACCACCCUUUUCAGAACCAGAAUCGCCGGGGAGGCCACAAUAACUUCAACCGAGGACAGCAGUCGAGUAACCAGAAGCCACAGACCAACCAGGGCUUGCCAGGCCUUCCACCGCCGACCCCAGGGCCUGCUCUCACUAUGAAAGUCCCGAUGGUCAAACAGGAGCCGACAACACCAGCAAAGCCGACAACACCAGCAAAAGAGGCGAACGAUCAGAUCAAACAAGAAAUCACAUCUCCUCAGCCGAACCAGGCCAACAAGAACGUCAAGUCAACAACUCCAAAUGCGAAUGGCCCGCCACAGCAGCAGCCGCAGAAUCAGACUACGCUUACAAGUCCCAAGCCAGGCCCUCAUCAAAACCAACAGGAUCAGAAAGGAGGCCCGCAACCAAACCAACAGAAUCAGAAAGGAGUCCCGCAACCAAACCAACAGAACCUGAAGCAACAGAACCAGCGAGGAGGUCAGCAACAAAAUCAACAGAACCCGAGGGGAAGUCAACCGCAGAACCAGAGGGGAGGCCAACACCAAAAUCAGCAGAACCAGAGGGGAGGCCAACAACAAAAUCAGCAGAACCAGAGGAUGGGCCCACAGCAGAACCAGAGGGCAGGUGUGCAUCAGCAAAACCAACAGAACCAGAGGAUGGGCCAGCAGCAACAGAACCAACAAAAUCAGAGACCAGGUCCGAAGACGGGGGCCCUCAUGAAUACGUUUAAUAAAGCGGACCAAGUGAAAAUGCAGGAGGAGGCCCCGGGCACAAGCUCGGAUCAACGUGAGCCACAGCAGGAAUUCAAGGCGACACUGUCCAUGUUGCUGAAACCUGGCGAGAAAUCAUACACACAACGCUGUCGUCUGUUUAUCGGCAAUCUCCCUAACGACAUCACAGAGGAGAAUUUUAGGAAGAUUUUCGCCAAGUAUGGAGAGCCCAGUGAAGUCUUUAUCAACAAAGGAAAAGGCUUUGGAUUCAUCCGACUGGAGUCCCGUGCACUUGCCGAGAUAGCGAAAGGAGAAUUGGACGACCUUCCAAUGAAAGGCAGAAACCUCCGCGUCCGCUUCGCCACACACUCAGCGGCCCUCUCUGUGAAGAACCUGUCACCAUUUGUGUCCAACGAGCUCCUGGAGGAGGCCUUCUCCCAAUUUGGAAUGGUCGAGAGGGCCAUCGUCAUUGUUGAUGACCGCGGGCGUUCCACCGGCAAGGGCAUUGUUGAGUUUGCCUCCAAGCCCGCUGCCAGGAAGGCCCUAGACCGGUGUAAUGAGGGUGUAUUUUUGCUUACCACGUCACCAAGGCCCAUAGUUGUGGAGCCUCUUGAACAGUGUGAUGAUGAAGAUGGACUUCCUGAGAAGCUUGCCCAGAAGAAUCCCAGAUAUCAAGUUGAGCGAGAGGAGCCCCCGCGGUUUGCCCGCCCCGGCACCUUUGAAUACGAGUACUCCAAACGCUGGAAGUCACUAGAUGAGAUGGAGAAGCAGCAGAGGCAGCAGGUGGAGAAAAACAUGCGCGAGGCCCGCGAGAAGCUCGAGAGCGAGAUGGAGGAUGCAUACCACGAGCACCAGGCUAACCUCCUCCGCCAAGAUCUACUGAGACGGCAGGAGGAACUGCGACGCAUGGAAGAGAUGCACAGUCAGGAGAUGCAAAAAAGGAAGGAGAUGCAGUUGAGACAAGAGGAGGAGCGUCGCAGGCGAGAAGAAGAGAUGCUUCGCAAGCGUGAAAUGGAGGAACAGCUGCGUCGCCAACGCGAGGAAAGCUACAGGAUGGGCAACUUUAUUGAUAGGGAGCGAGACAUGAGAAUGAAUUCUGGGGCUUCAGUGGCCAUGGGAGAUAUGUCCUAUGGCGCUGGGAACCCGCCCUUCGCCAUGAAUGUGAUGGGAUUUGAGGGGCAGCAGGUAAUGGGAGCAUCUCCAGGAUCCCAGAUGAGCAACGAUAUGCGCGCCGAACGCUUCGCUCAGGGUGGUCCCCGAGGAAUGGGGCCCGGUAAUGGCUCUUACAACAGGGUCCGCGAAGAGUUUGACCUUCCCACUAAAAAACCGCGUUUUUAAACGCUCCUCCCUUGACGCUCCUCGACGCAGCAUUUUUGUACAAAUUCUUCUAAAACAAGAAACACUCAGUUUGUAUUUAAGUUCCAAAUGUUUCAGCAUUUUUUGUCUUGAGACUUUUUAUGACGAGUCAGUAUACUCCCUUUUUUUAAUUUUGGAUUGUUACCAGUACAGUAAGAUUAGGUUUCCCUGUCGUAGUAUUUGACCCCUGUAUAAUUAUUUUCUAGUGUUAUGUGCUUCGUCGUGCUCUGUAAUUUUUCUUCUUAAUUCUACAUGGCUGUCACUUCAAGAGCAUGUCACAAUAAAGAUUAAAAAAAAUGGGUUCAAUUUGGCCAAACCUAAUAAUUUAUUCUCACCACGUUGUUCAAAAACAACAAAGCUUGCAGCAUUUUGAUUGUCAACUCUGUGUGUUCUGCCACUCCCACAAUCUGGACUUUGAUGGCGUCAUAAAACGGGUAAAACGCGUGGUGCUUUAAAUGGAUCGCUCAUACCCCGCAAUCAAAACGUUCUAAUGCGGUGGUAGUCGGCGGGAGUCCUUCCAUCUAAUAUAAUCCACACUUAAGUGUAACAUAGAGUAUCAAUUUUAUUUUUGUAUUGCCAGAAUAGUUGUGGAAUCUGGACAAUAUUUUGAUCCCUGGUGCUGAUGAUGCAUUUAAUGUCAUCAAACUCCCGCCGAGUCAGGAAUUAAUCCUGUAAUUGGAUGACUGAUGGCAAAAUUCCAAUUUCUCAUUUGUUCCUUGUGCACGCUAUGCAACAAACGUGACCCGGCGUCAUUCAAAAGUGAGUUGUAGGUAUAGUUGCACAAUAUAAUGGCCACCCAAAAGUAUUUUUGCCUUUAUCCGAUCCGCGAACUUGACAAGGAGACUGGCCAUGGAAAGCAGUUGUCGUUAUAAUGCUAGAUGUCAUAAUUUUAGUUGACUGAUUAUCGUUCUUCAAGGCAAAAUUAAAUUUACAGCUCUGCUGUUGUGCACGACAUGUAAAACCAGAUUUCACACAUGCAGGCAUUCAAGGACGAUGCCUUGCUCCAGGGCACCUUGAUUGAGCCAGCAAAGCAGGCUUGCAUAUCUCCCAAUAACUAGUUGCCGUUGUUGCAUUUGUUGUUGUUGUUGUCCGCAGCGUGACCUCAACCUGUGACCCUUGUGCUCCAAAGCACAAGUCCGUACUCUUCAACAUGCAUUUAUUUGUGUGGACUGCUAACGAGCUUAAAAGACUUUCCGUAUCGAGUCGUGCUCCUUUUGACUUGCCAGAUUUCACAAGACAAGACGUUCUCCAAAGGAAGACAAAAGUCGCAAACGUUGUCUAGGUUGCCUAGUCAGAAGAUUGCAUAAUAUGACAGCGGGAGUGAAAUCUACCCAGUUAUCUCUUUUACGCUUCUGCAAUCUUAAUUUAAGGUUUAUGAUCGUGAUGCGAACGAUGUUGCACUCGAGCCGGUCAUCACUCCUCCUUACCCAUGACUGCCGUUGUAUUGAACCCUUCAGUCUGAUGACAAAAUCAACAACAAACAGGAAUCUAUAUUAAUUAUAUCCACCGAAUGAUAUUUUCCAUACUUUUAAAAAGUUCAAGCAGUCUGAAGAGGACAUCUGUUCUGGCCGCACUUGAACACUCUGAAAAACAUGCAUUGGUGGAGUUGCCAUCCCAAGUUUACACAGGACAAGCCUGAUCAUGUGAAUUGAGUUAGUUUAAAAAAAAAACAGUGACUUAGGAUGGAGGAUGUCAUCGGACAACUGACAAACCACAUCGUCUGUUGACCAGAUCAGCGCCGCUUUCUACAUUCAAGGUUUGGUUGCUCCACUGUGUCUUAUGCUUGUAUAACUUGUGGCAAAGGUAAUCGGCCCUCCCACUGACAUACUUGUACAGCCGUCAUCGGCUGCCUUCAAUCUCCAAAGCUCACCCAGUCAAAAUCUUUAGGACGGUCAGCUUAACAUGACGUAAUAAUUUGAUAUUUUUUUGAGCAUCCUCUGUUUGAUCUUGUUUUUUU